CUAUCAAACUAUCCGUACUUUACCUGUGAAAACUAAGUUUCUAUGUUUUCAUCAUAGCUUGAUGUGCAAUUUUUUAAAGUACAUUAUGCCAUUUUUCAUAUUUAUUUUAAUUUUCUGCUUCUUAAUGUUUUCAACAAUAGAAAUAAAUGAUCGCGUGGCAUGAAAAAUCGCGUGCGCAGGACGACUUUAUGAUAAUUUACGGUAAAAAGAGACAGCUUUGAAAAUCUGCAGCUAUCUUUUAGUGGCCGUGAUAAUAGUGAUAGUGGGGACAUGUUCUAUAAUAUAAUUCAGUGUGCGUGAGAGAGGAGCCAUGUGCAAGCUUGGGAUUGAUUUUGUACCUCAAAACGACGUGAAAUUUACAAAAGUAAAAAAAGAUCUACGAUUCCAUGUGUCAAAAUUUCAUGAUCUGUUCACUUUUAUAACUUUCACUUUGUUUCGAGAUACACAAUCGAUUUCCUGGCGCUCGCUGCUGGUUGACGAAGGGUUCACGGGGUGAGAAGAAUCUCAAAACGCGAUACGACUGCUAGGUGUGCGAAGAUAUGGAAAACGAAUAGUGCACUAAGAAGAGAAAGUAAAAAAAAGCAGCAAGAAAGAUAUCGAUAGUGGGGAGUAGGCACAUCGCGGACGUCGUAGGGGGAAAUGUAUAAUAAAAGCGUUAACACAAUAAUAAUGUCCGCAUUUCACAAGUGACAUUAAUAUAAAGCCGUAAUAUUAUUACGUCGUUAUUAUUCAGUGCAAUGAUACCUAUAACUGUUGUGUUAAUCAUUCUGAUUUGUAUAAGUUAUUUCUACUUGAAUUAUCAUCGCCGACGACCUAAAACUAUAAAUCACGUGUUUCCGGGUCCAAGAACAUGGCCGAUUAUUGGGAAUGCUUUCUGUUUCUUUCGGCGAAGUCCUGAUGAAAUAUUGAAUAUUAUUACUAAGUGGACAGAAGAUUAUCCGUCUCCAUUCCGAUGUUGGAUAGGUAACAAGUUAUUCAUUUUUGUAAACGAUCCAGAUCAAAUAAAGACAAUCUUACAGAGUAGUCAUUGCUUGAACAAAAAUAUAUUAUACAAAUUUUUUGAACCAUUAUUGGGUGAGGGAAUAUUCACAGCUCCUGAAUUAAAAUGGCGCUUACAACGACGAUUGAUAUCGCCAACCUUCUCUAACAAUAUGUUACUAAGAUAUUUUGAUGUAUUUGUUGAACAAUCUUUAAUAUUAACGAACACAUUGGAAAAUAUAGGAUUAAAUAGCGAGAUUAUCUUUUUUGAACAUAUAUCGGAGCGUACUUUGGAUACUGCAUGUGUUACUUUGAUGGGCGUCAAAAUAAAACCAUCAUUAAUCAACCAAUUUCUCGAAGCAAGUAUCAGAACAGCUGCUGGUAACUCUAGAUUGACGAAUUUGUUUUUUUAUUCUGACUUUAUAUUUAACUUGUCUUCUAAUGGUCGAGAAUUCCGAAAGAAUAUAAACUUAAUGCACAGUUUUAUAGAUGAGGUAAUACAGCAGGCUGAUACAUUAAAUAGAUUCAAUAUCAAAAAUAAAAGUAAAAAAAAUAGAACAUUUUAUGACAUUAUAAUGGAUUCAUCCCAUAAAGAAAACUUCGCACAAAAUGAUUUCACGAAGAUGCUUCAUAAUAAUGUACUUUUUAUGUUAAUAGCGGCCAGUGAAACAUCUGCUAUUACUUUGAAUUUUGUGGUUUUUAUAUUAGCAAAUUUCUCAGAAAUACAAGAAAAAGUGUAUCAAGAAUUACGGGAAAUUUAUGGAACCAAAACUCCAACAUCUACCCCCAUAAAAUACGAAGAUUUACAACGCAUGAAUUACUUGGAAAAUGUCAUUAAAGAAACUAUGAGAUUAUUUCCUGUUGCUCCAUUAAUUGGGCGAAAGCUAACUGAAGAUUUAAACAUAGGAAAUAUUAUCUUACCCAAAGGCACUGAUGUUAUUCUACAAUUAAUGGCGGCACACCGAAAAGAAAAGUUUUGGCCCAAUCCGUUAGUAUUUGAUCCGGACAGAUUUCUGCCUGAAAAUACAGGAAAGUCUAAUUCGUUUUACAUGCCGUUUAGUUUAGGAUCUAGAAAUUGUAUGGGUAUAAAAUAUGCAAUGAUUUCAAUGAAAGUUUUUCUCUCAACUUUGGUACAAACAUUUGUAUUUAAAAUAGAUAAAAGCAUUCAGAUAGAUGAAAUUAAAUUACAUUAAGACAUUAUGCUAAAAGUUGGUGAACCUAAUAAAAAAGUCAGAAUUGAAAAACGAGAUCUACAUUAAAACAGUCCAAGAAUGUACUUGUUGAAGAAUAAUCUAAUAAAAUUUGCAUGAUGUUUUUUAUAUACAUAGUAUUAUAUACAGGAUAUCCCAUUAAAAGUGAUCACCUCCUUUUAAACUAAAAGAGAUAGAUCAUAAUAAAUAUAUAUCAAAUUAAAUGAUUCAAAUUGAAUUCUAUUAUGAGCGUAAUGAUUGCUUCUAAAAGUUAUCUGUAUUAACGAGCAAAGAGACACAUAAUUUUUUUAUAAUAAUAUGAAAUUUUUGAUAAAUAAAAAGUUGUAGGGCUGUUUGAAACGAAUACAAGGAUGUAUAAUAUAAUAUAAAUAUUUUACAUAUUAUAAAGUUUUAUUGACUUGAAAUAUCGCGGGCGUCUACUUUUUCAUUUUUGGCCCUGUGGUAUAAUCAACUUCGGAUUUGAUAUUAUAAUUAAAUAACAACAUAUAUCAAUCUCUACUACACGAGUCAGGAGUUGGCCACAACGCAGAACAGCAAAAGAAACGCUAUAUAAUUAUAUAUAUAUACAGAUA